AGCAUAUAAUGCUAACUGUUAUGACUUUGAAAAAAAUAAAUAUUAGUAAGACAAGCAAUAAGAAGGGAUCUUGCGAAAGUUAUUUCAAACGAUCCAAACUUUGCAGGAAAAAAGAAAGAUAGGCUGGAACGAUCUGCUGGCAAGGACUAAACAACCAGCUAAUAAUCAUCAGUGUGAAAAACGAGUACGAUGCUCAGUCAGAGAUAGAUCAAGUUUCUACGCAACAACGAGCUGUACUUCCACAACAGCAACAACGAAUCAUACUUCCUCAGCAGCAGCAACCGCUCAUAGUCUUACAGCAGCAGGGACAGCAGUCUCAGCAGCCGAUUAUUUUGUUUCAGCAACCGCACGAACAACAGCCAUUAGAGCUGCAAGCUCCACAGCAAGAAGAAAUUCUGCUCGAAUUCGAAAGUGGUGUUUCUGAAGAUCCACUGACACAGAUUUCGGAGGUUGCUGUUGCUGGUCCUACUGCAAAGAAAAAUAUAAAGAGAAUUCAAAAUUCCAAGCGUAAAGCUUCCAAAACACGGAGUUCGUCGCAAGUCGCCAACAAUCAAAUGCUGAUCUUGCAAGUUCAACCGUCUACUUCUCAAGAACCUUCUGCGAAACUCGAAAAUGAACUCUCAGACGACGACGUCGACGUGCAAGAUUCCGAACUGAGCGAGGACAUCUUCGUGCGCAUCGACGCCGACCGCUACCGUUGCAACGUCUGUCAGAAAAUCAAGCACGACCGACGCAGCAUACUCAGACACGUCGUUGGUCAACACUCGCAGAUACGGUCGUUCAAGUGCAACCAGUGCGACAAGAGUUUCAAGCGCAAGUAUACCCUGGACAUCCACCAACGCUCGCACGAGCACAAGCCUUCGGACGGUUACAAGUGCGAGAAGUGCGACUACCAUACGCCCUUGAAAACUUCGCUAUAUCAUCACCACUACCGCAUGCAUACCAACGAGUACCGCUUCACCUGCGAACACUGCGGUAAGCGCUGCAAGUUCAAGCGCGAGCUCGUCGACCAUAUGGUCUCCCACAGCGACGAGCGCUACAUGUGCGACAUUUGCGGCAAGCUCUACAAAGGCGAGCAUCUCCUCAGGGCGCACAGGAGAAUUCACCUCGAUCCUUACAAGUUUCCCUGCGCUCUGUGCAAAAAAAAGCUCGCGACGGCGGAAAGCUUGCAGAACCACAUGAAGCUCCACAGUCGAACGUUCGAGUGCGACGAGUGCGGCAUGAAGUUCUCCUGCAAGCCCAAUCUCAUCAAGCACAGGAACGUGCACACGAGGGAGCAGGCUUUCACCUGCCCCGAGUGUGGCAAGGUCUUCGCCGAUCAGGCGACGCAAAAGGUGCACUCGUUGAUUCACGCUGGUUUGAGACCGUACAGAUGCAACGUGUGCGGUCUGGGAUUCACGCAGAGGACGCCGAUGAUGCUGCACUGGAGGAGAAAACAUCCUGGCGAGACGGAGCCGCCACCGCCGGUUUUUUUGAAAAAUAUUCUGAAGAGCAUCGAGGAGCAGAACGGCAAGAAGGCGAGGCUGGAGAACAAGGAGUGACGAGACAAGUUUUGUGAUACUUUCGAAUGAUCAAAGUGUAGAUUAUACAUAUACUCUUUUUUACGUUACAUUUUUUAUAAUUCGUUGAUGCAGGCAUAAUUGCCUUGUAGGAACGAAGAAAAUUAUUAAAAGCUUGUAGAUAUUUACUCA